AAAUAAAAACCAGAAACGCAGAACAAAUAAAUGCUAAUACAAGAAGUGACAAUAUAAUAUCAAAAUACACAUAUGCACAAAGAAACGAUUGUGUCAAGAAAAUAGAAAGAAGAAACACAGUUUAGUUGUUUUUCAAUAGUCGAUCUCGAAGAAGUUCAGCAGUGCUUAAAUGAUGGCAGCAUUAUCGUCACACCCGAACUAUGGAUUUCAUUUGGGUGGUCAGGGCCUAGACAUUCCCACUCCGGGCGACUAUGCUCCACAGAGUACAAUUAGCCCAAGUGACAUGGACAUAAAACGUGUAAUGCACUUUUCCCAAAGCAGUAGUUUGGCGGCCAUAUCCGCAGCCAUGGGAGGAUCGCCCGUAGGUGGCCACAGUGCCUCCAAUGGCAACUCAAUUAUGGGAACGGCCAGCAUGGGCCACAUGGCAGGCCAGGGCAAUAAUCACGCCCUAGGGCUAGGCAGUAAUUUGAAUCACAUGCAAAGCACAGUGGGCCAGCACACACUCUCGCCCAACUCCUCGAUAGGAUCGGCUGGUAGUAUCGGCAGCCAAGGGUCCAUGGGCGGAAAUCAUGGAUUACACAAUGGUGGGGGCAAUGUUGGCCACCACCAUCCCACCUCGCCCGGUCAGGAAGGCCACAUCAAGAGGCCGAUGAAUGCUUUUAUGGUCUGGUCUCGAUUGCAGCGGCGUCAAAUUGCGAAGGAUAAUCCUAAAAUGCAUAAUUCCGAGAUAUCGAAGCGAUUGGGGGCCGAGUGGAAACUGCUGGCCGAAUCUGAGAAACGUCCAUUUAUUGACGAAGCCAAAAGACUCCGGGCCCUGCACAUGAAAGAACACCCCGACUACAAAUAUCGUCCACGUCGCAAGCCAAAAAAUCCCCUGACAGCUGGUCCCCAGGGCGCUCUGCAAAUGCAAGUGAAUGGACAGCAAAAACUAGGAGCCAACGCUAAUCCCGGCUCGGGCUCCUACAAUCCAUUCCACCAACUGCCGCCGUACUUUGCCCCAUCGCAUCACCUGGACCAACCAUAUCCGGUUCCCUAUUUUGGUGGUUUCGAUCCCUUGGCCCUCUCGAAACUGCAUCAGUCGCAAGCAGCAGCGGCUGCCGCCGCCUCUAACCAAUCCCACAAUGUCCUCGAAGCCCAAAAGUCCUCCCAGCUGCCACCCACAACUCUCAGUAGUUUCUACUCCGGCAUAUAUUCAGGCAUCUCAGCACCCUCACUCUAUGCAGCACACUCGGCAAACGCAGCUGCCGCCGGCCUCUACAACUCAUCGUCCACCUCAUCGCCCGGUUCGUCGCCCGGCACCGCUACCCCCAAUGGCCUGGAUGGACACAUGGACAAUGCCCUGAGGAGACCAGUUCCAGUAUUAUACUGAAGUUCCCACCUCCUAGGUCUCCAAGACGAAUGCUAUCUGCCAUCCCCUCCAACAGCAUUCCCCCACCCCCAACAAAAAAACUAACGACAAAUCUCUAUAUUGUAAAUGUAUUUCUAGUUUUAACUAAUCGUAAGAGCGCCUAAUUUUAAGGAUUGUGACUAUUGUUUGUUGUUUUGUUUUUAUUCUCAUUUUAAUUAUCCUACAUAUGUAUGUCAUUGUAAUUGCCCUCCUCGCUACAUAACAUUCCAAACAAUUGUAAAUAACUGAAGAAAGAGCACUUCCAAUUCCAAAAGUAUUAUUUAAUUGAAUAAAACACAAAUUAAACUGAA